AUGCGUGUUCACUCUUUUCAGUCAAUCGUUCCCAUUCUGGGCUUGGUUGCGGUGGCAUCGGCCGAUUACCCGGUCAGCUCCCAUGAUGCCGUGGUUACUGUGAUCGUCCAGAGCACCAUCACCACAUGUCCUACCAUCCCACCGCCGCCAUGCAGCGGCGACGUCAGCGAGACUGGGUAUGGCACCAGCCCCCCUCUCACCUCGUCUGACGAGUCGAGCGCCAGCUACACCUACAGCGGCACUGAGAGCAGUGUCCCGACGGACACUGCUGUUUCUUCCUAUCCUUCUGUUUCUCUCGCGCCGGCCUGCGCCGAUUACUGGCUGUCGAACAUCAAGCACCAGGGCAAGGCCCCCCUCGCCAAGUCGGGCUACAGCGUGUUCCGGAACGUGAAGGACUUUGGCGCCAAGGGAGACGGCGUGUCCGACGACACGGCGGCCAUCAACCGCGCCAUCAGCGACGGCGGGAGGUGCGGCCCCGGCACCUGCGGCUCGUCGACCACGACGCCGGCCAUUGUCUACUUCCCGCCCGGCACCUACCUCGUGUCGGCGCCCAUCAUCGACUACUACUACACCCAGAUCAUCGGCGACCCGAUCUGCCUGCCCGUCAUCAAGGCCAGCUCGAGCUUUCAGGAGCGGUUCCUCAUCGACGGCGACCAGUACCAGAGCACGGGCAAGCUCGGCUGGGGCGCGACCAACGUCUUCUGGCGCCAGAUCCGCAACCUCAUCGUCGACCUGACCGCGGUGAAGCCGUCCGUCCUGGUGGCCGGCAUCCACUGGCCGACUGGGCAGGCGACGUCGCUCGAGAACAUCGUCUUCAAGAUGUCGACGGCGUCGGGCAACCAGCACCAGGGCCUCUUCAUCGAGGAGGGCUCGGGCGGCUACGUCGGCGACCUCGUCUUCCACGGCGGCGCCCAGGGCCUCUCGGUCGGCAACCAGCAGUUCACCAUGCGCAACCUGACCUUCCACAACUCGGACGUUGCCAUCCAGAAGCUCUGGGACUGGGGCUGGACCUACAAGGGCCUCAGCAUCAACAACUGCCGCGUGGGCCUGGACAUCACCGGCGUCAACAACGGCGCUCUCAGCGUCGGCUCCGUCGUGCUCGUCGACAGCGACAUCAACAACACCCCGGUCGGCAUCGCCUUCGGUAGCAGCGACGCCUCCGGGCCAGCCGCCGCCAACAGCAUCAUCGUCGAGAACGUCCGCCUCAGCAACGUGCCCGUCGCCAUCCAGGGGCCCGGAAAGUCAACGGUGCUGCCGGGAUCGAGCGGGGCGUCCACCAUCGCCGGCUGGGGCAGGGGCCACAAGUACACGCCGACGGGGCCGACCGCGUUCCAGGGGGCCAUCACUCCCAACGCUCGGCCAGAGGGCCUCGUGUCCGGCUCUGACUACUAUGAGCGGUCCAAGCCCAAGUACGACAAGUCGUUCGCCUCGGACUUUGUCAGCGUCCGUGACGGCGGUGCGGUCGGCAACGGUGUCGCCGAUGACACGGCCGCGAUCAACGAGGUGCUGGAGGCGGCGGCCGCCGCGGGCAAGAUCGUCUUCUUCGACGCCGGCACCUAUGUCGUCACGAGCACGAUCCGUGUUCCCGCCGGGUCCAGGAUCGUCGGCGAGGCGUACCCCGUCAUCCUCUCGUCGGGCGACUACUUCGCCAACCUCCGGCUGCCCAAGCCCGUCGUCCAGGUUGGCACCCCCGGGUCGGUGGGCCAGGUCGAGUGGUCCGACAUGAUCGUCAGCACGCGCGGCGCCCAGGCCGGUGCCAUCCUCAUCGAGUGGAACCUCGCCUCCGAGGGCACCCCCUCGGGCAUGUGGGACGUGCACACGCGCAUCGGCGGGUUCGCCGGCUCGGAGCUGCAGCUCGCCGAGUGCGCCAAGACGCCCGACACCAAGGUCACGGCCGACAACGUGGCUCAAAAGUGCAUCGCGGCGUUCAUGAGCAUGCACAUCACCAAGUCGGCCACGGGCCUGUACAUGGAGAACGUGUGGCUGUGGGUGGCGGACCACGACGUCGAGGACAAGGACCUGAGGCAGAUCACCAUCUAUGCCGGCCGCGGCCUCCUCAUCGAGAGCACGCUCGGCAACAUCUGGCUGUACGGCACGUCGGUCGAGCACCACGUGCUGUACGAGUACCAGAUCCACGGCUCGACCAACAUCGUGCUGGGCCAGAUCCAGACCGAGACGGCAUACUACCAGCCCAACCCGGACGCCACCAUCCCCUUCCCCACCAACAGCACCUACCACGAUCCCGUCCUGGCCACGGGCGAGAGCGGCUGGGGCGUCCGCAUCGUCGACAGCAGCGACAUCCUCGUCUACGGCGCGGGCCUGUACAGCUUCUUCGACAACAACGACGUGACGUGCUCCAACGAGGGCAACACCGACAAGUGCCAGAAGCGCAUCUUCAGCGUCGAGGGGAGCAGCGUGUCCGUGUACAACCUCAACACCGUCGGCACCACCAAGAUGAUCACCGUUGACGGCACCGACGUCGCGUCCUACUCGGACAAUGCCGAUGGCUUUGUCCAGACCAUUGCCCUGUUCAGAUCAUGA